GACGUCUGCUGGGGGAUCCGGGGGGAGGAGAGAAAAAGGGGGACGACACAGAAAACAACAAAGGACUGCCACCCCCGGAACCGGUAGCUGCUGGGCUACCUGCCAACAGGACGCCUGUUGAAUGGGGAGAAAAUGGGGGGAAACCCAGGAAAAAACAAGGAAACAGGGACGGGGAAGGAACAAUUAAACACAACUGAAGACCCGUUUAAGGACGCAUUUGGGUCAUCACCGAUGGAGAUAGAGGCCAUUCCUGGUGCCCCUCCUCCCCCGCCUCCACCCCAGGAGAUCGUGAUGGAGGACGCUACCGACGAGGCACAUCAGCACACUCCUCAGCCCACACCUCACACCCAAGCGCAAACAGAAGCGAAUGAUACAAAUGUGGCAACUGCAGCGAACGCCCCGGAAGACUGUCUGAGCAAGGUGGCGGAUUGGCUCAUGGACAGUCUCCAGAUGAAAUUCACAGGGCGGGAUGAUGAUUUCUGGGAUGACACGUACAGAGCCCCGAUCCCACUAUUGGAAAGCAGCGGGAGCCUCAAAACGGCCUUGGCAAAUGGGCUGCCGGAAGGGGCUGAUUGGCAGAGCAUCUGCCACAAGCUACUAGCGAUAGUCAUCAACCGCUUCCAACCUGGGGACCCGCAGGCGGCAAGCCCAGCCCCCUCGGCAAUGUCCAGCGCAGUCGCCAGCAGUGUCUCUGGUAACAAUGAAAUUUCGGGAACGGGGAAAGGGAAUUCGCAGGCCGGACGGGAAAAGGGGGAUGAGGCUAGUGUUGACUCACAACAAUGGCGGGGAGCAGAGGGCGAUGCAGAUGGGGGGGACCGGGAUAGGGCUAACAAGGGACGCGACCACACCAUCAAUCAGACCGAACCGAAACCGGAGGGCAUGAGGGGGAGCGGGGAGACACCUGUGGGAGAAGGGAAGGAAGACGACGGGGGGGAUGGAACCGGGGCGAACAAAGGCCAGCACGCAAAAGAGGGAAGAACAGAGGACAGGGAACACGAUGAGCAUGAUUCUGGGAGGCUGGAGGACAGGGAGACACAGGUGGGCAAAGGGCAGCAACCGGACGAGACAGAGAGGACCAUUAAUUUGGCGCAGGGGCAAGAGGAAGAAGGCCUCUGCCUAGCAUUGGCAGCAUGGAGUCCGGAUGCAACAACCACAUGCCACAGAACUGGCAAGGACAUCUACAUUCAGUAUGGCCACGAGGAGGUGGAUCUCCGCUGGUUCAACGAGGAAGCCUUGUCGGACCUGCAAUUACUGAAAAUCAAACCUGGCGACCUAUGGACUGCAGAGGAAACCACGACGCUCUUAGCCAAAUUGGUGCUUAAUGGAACCCUGCGUAAUGGGGGUACCUUGAGCACAGCCCUGUGGCUCCCUCUCUAGGUGGCCCCGACAGACAGUUCAAGGAAAGAAACAUAAAUUAAUGACAACUGCAAUGAAUACUAUUGAUGCAC